AUGUUCUUCUCCAAGCCCAAGUCGAGCGCGCCCGCGCCCCACACCACCCCGCCCGCGUACCCGUCCGAGCUUGCGACGCUGCAGUACCAGCAGGACCUCCUCCGCGACUUCUGGAGCGGCUCCGCCGCGGGCCCGCUCCCGCCGCCGCCCGUGCCCGUCGCCGUCUCCCCCACGUCGCCCGACGCGUCGCGGAGCUCUUCGUUCGACCUCGGCGAGGGCCAGAAGACCAAGUGGGGCUCCGUCAUCCUCGGCCGCUCGCACAUCGCGCUCGCCGCCGCGCCCGUGCCGAAGCCGCUCUCGCGCACGCUCUUCCUCUUCGGGUUCCUGUGCCCGCUGCUGUGGUUCGUCGGCGCGUUCUUCCUCUUCCGGCCGCCGGCGCCGCGCGCGGUCGAGCUCAACGCGCUCCCGUUCUACACCGUCGGCGAGCGCGAGCGCCGCGUCGCCGCCUACCGUGCCACGGAGGAGCGCUGGGCGAAGCGCUGCCUCUGGGCCGCCGUCGCCGUGCUCGCGAUCGCCGCCUUCGUCGCCGGGGGCGCGGUCAUGGCCGCGCGGGGGGCGAAGCAGGCCGCGGCUGCAGGCGCGCAGUAG